AGAGCACACACUGGAGAGAAGCCUUUCAAAUGUAAUCAAUGUGGUAAAGUGUUUGCACAAAAGAGUCAUCUCAUAAGCCAUAGAAGAACACAUACUGGAGAGAAACCUUAUGAAUGUAACCAGUGUGGUAAAGCCUUUGCAAAAAACAGUACUCUCUUAAACCAUAAAAGAACACACACUGGAGAGAAACCUUAUGAAUGUAACCAGUGUGGUAAAGCCUUUGCACAAAUCAGUACUCUCUUAAGCCAUAAAAGAACACACACUGGAGAGAAACCUUAUGAAUGUAACCAGUGCAGUAAAGCCUUUGCACAAAAAAGUCAUCUCAUAAGCCAUAAAAGAACACACACUGGAGAGAAACCUUAUGAAUGUAACCAGUGUGGUAAAGCCUUUGCAGAAAACAGUACUCUCUUAAGACAUAAAAGAACACACACUGGAGAGAAACCUUAUGAAUGUAACCAGUGCAGUAAAGCCUUUCCACAAAAAAGUCAUCUCAUAAGCCAUAAAAGAACACACACUCGUGAGAAACCUUGGGAAUGCAACCAGUGUGGUAAAAGAUUUUCAUGUAACAGUCAUCUCCUAAUACAUAAAAGAACCCAUACUGUAAAGAAGCCAUAA